AUGAAUGUCAACGCCAUAUCUCAAGUCAUCAAAAAGCUCAGUAUAAGUGAUGUUAACAUACUAAAGGAGAACUUUCCUCUUAGCCAAGACUUGCAUGCUAGCUGCCAGGAACGAAUGAAUCCUCUCGGCUACCUUUCAGCUACGUUUAAAUAUGUUACUACACUCUUGUCUGUUACGUUCGAUGUUGGCGGUGGUUUUACCGGGCCCCGUGCCGUGGAAUUUUUUAUUCCAGGCUCAGCUCCGCCUAAUGCUCGCUGGGAGCUCAUUGUUCCAGGCUACAAGGAGUCUGUGGCGGAUAUGGUUACUGCUUUGAGCAUUAGUGGUGUCACUUGGGAACUAUACGGGCAGGACAUUAUUGAAGAUUUACAAGAAAAGGGUAUCGUAACUGUCAGCCGAAGAAAGAUGAUAGCCUUAAGCACGUGGGCGCAUGCUCCUCUAGAGAGACCGGCAUAUCUGCUAGGAGAGAAGCUGUGUUCUGUUUUACGUCAAUUUGACAUGGGCUUCCAUAUGGAUCAUGUCAGCUCCAACAGUUUUACAAUACAGCUUCAAGAAAAUGGGGAAAUUAAUAUUUUUCCGAAUGAGGAAACUCUGAGUUACGAAGAUACAACCUACGAAGAUUCAUUUGGCAGGCCAUUCAGUGUUUUGCACGGAACGAUUUCCACAGCCCGAGGUGUCGAGAACGUUGACCUAAUUAUAGGUUGCUACGAUAAAGGCAUAACAGGAUGUCUGGAAUUUAUGAAAAAUUACUAUGCCAGCCACUUACAAGCAUUCAUCGGGGGCUGGUGUGCAGCUCACAUGUACUACCAACAAGCCAGCGUUAAGCAUUCGAUACUCUGGGAACCCACGACAAAUUACAAUACUGUUAAUGGCGGGCGAACAAUGGGAAAAUACCAAAGUAAAAGCUUUACAUUUACGCAAGCAAAUACUUCCACUACAAGAAUAAGAAGAUUUGGCGAUAACGAGUCCCUUUUCUUGGAUUAUGGAGAACUAUGGCGAUCCUUCAUAUCUCAGCAUAACUAUGAGAUACUGGAUCGUUGGCUUGACGAUAGACGAAAGAAUUUGCACGGUGUAUCCUGGGUAGAGAGCGGCGGGAGAAUUUUAGAUAUCAGCAGCGAUUGGGAACAGAGUUUUCGGACGUGCAGAAAAACAUUUAUAGAACACAUUUCAGAAUUACCAGGAUACCAACAAAGACGUCUGGGUAAUAUGGUGUCAUUAGAUACCCAGAGUCCCGAUCCAAUGAGAUCAAAGGGUUUUCAGAGUUCAGUCGGAAGAAAUGUAAUGAAGCAAGGCUGGCAGAUGAUUGUUCUAGCAAGAUCCGGAACCGUGUGUUGCAAUCUACGUGAUGCAACUCCGUGGUCAUGGGUAUUCUAA